UUUUUCAUCUUCAUCAUCAUCUUCAUUUUAUCUUCAUCUUCUUGAGGCUCAGAAAAUGGGUCUGAUUCGAGAAGAGAAGGCUCUUGAAGGUGAUGGGUUCCUGAUCAGUAGCCUUGAAGAGCAGAUUUCUGAGUUUUACGGCGAAGAUUCCGGUGGCUUUGAUCGGCCUUUUGAGGAUGAUUGUGGUGAUGAUGAAUCCAAUGGCAGUGAUUCAAUGGAGAGAACUGUGUUCUGGGAAUCAAAACAUGACCUGCUUCUGGAAAUUCUUGAGUAUAGUAGCCCAACAGGGUUGAAGCUACAUGAAGAAGUUAGAAAAGCAUUGGAAAAGGCUAGAGAGACAGCAUUGUGUCAAUGUAGAAACCCUAGCUUUAAUGGCUGUUCUAAAUGCUUACGGCGAGCUGUCGUCGAUCAUCUUUGUGAUAAGGGACUCAAUGCUGCACUUUGCACAUCCAAAUGGAAAUCUACAUCUAAGAUGCCAGGAGGAUCCCAUGACUACAUAGAUGUCAUUUUUAGCAGAUCAGGGCAUAAGAAGGAAUCUAAGUACUUAAUUGAAUUAGAAUUUCGGGCUGAAUUCGAGAUGGCGAAAUCUUGCGAUGAAUACCGGGAAUUGAUAAAUCAACUGCCAGAGUUUUUCGUUGGGAAACCGGAGCAAUUCAAUGCAAUUUUACGUGUCGUAUGUGACGCGGCGAAGAGAUCAAUGAGUGAGAUGAAAAUCCACAUGGGACCAUGGAGGAAGAGGAGAUUUAUGCAGAUGAAAUGGUCAGCUUCUUAUCAGAGAUGUUCUUCCAAGCAACAAUCCUCUAUUGAAUCUGUAUUGCCAAGGAAGGUGCAUAUGUCUAUCCCCAGAUACUGCCUACAGUUUGCUACACCUACAGCAUUAAAAGUCACCUGAGCUAUUUUGCUCUGAAAUCUUACAUUAUCAGAUCAAAAUCUUGGGCUUUCUUCUGGGCUUUGUACAACUAAUAGUACGUACUAGUAGUGCUUGUAAGUUUCUAAGAAUUAGAAUACAACAAAUAGAUGAGAUCAAAUAUGGGCCCAAGAUGCCCAAGUUUACUUGGAUCUGUUAUGUAUACAAGGCUAAUGAAGGCAUGUAAGUUUUUGUAUUUAAACUUCAAAAGUAACAAAGAAGGGUUUUGUAAUGAAAGGAGGCAGUU